AAUUGGUCAAAACAAUAUGUAUUUGGCCGUUAACUACGAGGCGGAAGGAAAGAAAUCAUCGAUCACUCCCCAAAACCCAAUCGUUAUUUACCUUCUUUUACUGGAAUUUCGAUCAAUCCAUUCCCACUUUGGAACCCUAAUUAUUGGUCCUGUUUAUCGUAUUAUAGACGCAUAGUUCGAAUGGAGUGUGCUUUGAAAAUUUCGUCAUCAAUGAGCUUACCCGCUUCUUUUUCUUCAUCCAAACAUCUUUUUAGGAAAUCGAUUUGUUUUGGUGAUAAACGAACACGCCGUUCGUUUCUCAAGAUCAACGCUAGCUCAGAGAACGGCGCAGCUCGUCCCUCUGGUUCACAGCUUUCUUCAUCAAGUGCAGUGGUUCAUACGCACAGAAGAUUAAGCAGUCUUGAGUCUCUCUUUUGUUAUGAUAAGGCUGUUCCAGAGGAGAUAAUCGAGAAACCAGUUGGCUUGUCACUAGGUGAGAAGAACAUUGGCAAUAAAACACGUUGCCCUGGCUGCGAAGCAAAGGGUGCUAUUCUUUGUGCCACUUGCUCUGGAUCUGGAUUAUAUGUUGACUCCAUAAUGGAGAGUCAGGGUAUCAUUGUCAAAGUUCGAUGCCUAGGUUGUGGUGGAACCGGUAACAUCAUGUGUUCAGAAUGCGGUGGCCGUGGGCAUAAUGGUGUAGCGUAACCACCUUCCCCUUGGGCGUGUCUUGUAAGUUUGGUUUAUCUCGGUUUUGACAUUUGAUUUUUAGUCUAUAAGUGUUUAUCAUAGUAAUGAAUCUUAGCGGUAUGAUAAUUAUUUUUUAUAUAACAAUGAACGGGUGUGUUGAUUGUCAAUACAAUAAUUAUUGUAGGACUCGUUUAGUAUUCA